CGACCGAGUAGCGGAGCGCAGCCAUGGGAAAGCUACAAGAAUUUCACAUCACUUUCGCCAACAAUAAGGUGGUUUACAGUCCGGGAGAGUCUAUCGGCGGAACUGUCAAAAUACGACUCAGCAACUCGCUGCAGUACAAAGCCAUCAAGGUGAACUGUCAGGGCUCAUGUGGGAUCUCCAACAAAGUGAACGACACGUCAUGGACUACGGAGGAGCAGUACUUCAACAGCACGUUGUCUGUUGCUGACAAAGGGACUCUCGCAGCAGGCGAACACAAUUUCCCUUUCCAGUUUCUCAUCCCAGCCGCAGCACCAUCUUCUUUCGAAGGACCGUUUGGAAAGAUUAUUUACCGUGUGAAAGCUGCCAUUGACACACCUCGCUUUGCCAAGGACUACAAUGCCCAGAGGCCCUUCUACCUUCUCAACCUGCUCAACCUUAAUGAGUUGCCGGACAUUAAUCACAUGAGCUACGCUGUUACCACUAAGAAAUUUAACUACCUUUUGGUCAAGUCUGGGACCCUUAUGCUGAAAGCAAGAAGUGACCUCAGGGGCUACAUUCCCGGUCAGGUGAUCAAGUUAGCCACUGAGAUCCACAACAAGUCUGGGAAAGACACAGGAUGUGUCCUGGCAAGUCUCAUACAGAGAGUGACCUAUAAGACCAAGCGGCAAGUGUUUGACCUCCGAACCAUUGCAGAAGUGGAGGGAGCCGGAGUGAAGGCAGGAAAACACGCUGAGUGGAGAGAACAGAUCAUUGUCCCACCUCUUCCUCAGUCAGCGCUGACUGGCUGCAGCCUCAUAGAUAUUAACUAUUUCAUUCAGGUUGCAUUAAAAUCUCCAGAUACGGUUGUCAUUCUGCCCAUCUACAUUGGGAACAUUGCCAUGAACUUGUCUCCUGCGAGGACUGUACCUCCCAGUCCAGAUCGCUGCAGCGUGGCCGUUGCACCCAAUGCAGCAGGGGUGACACCCAGUGCCCCUCCGGUUGAGGACGAUGAAGAGUUGUGUGCAGGUGCUGCGGCCAGCGAAGAGAUCCCCACAAAGAGUCAUUCUCAGCAAGAUCCCUCUGGUCAGCCUGUCACCAUGUCGCCGAGCGCUUUCAGCCACGCACCCAGCGCAGUGCUGCCUCCUGGCCGCAGGCAGCCCGACACUUCCGCCCCCUUGUUCUGUGUUUCAACUGGGGCCACCAUACCUUUUUUCACUGAGGGAGACCCCACACCUGUUCCCACUUCCUGUUCGCUCAUCUUGCCUCCAGAGUACAGCAGCUGGGACUAUCCUCAUGAGCCUCCACCCACUUAUGAAGAAAGCUGCAGUAGCGCCGACUUCAGUUUAAACAGUGAACAAUAGAAGAAGUGGAUAAUAAAGCACCGCCCAUACUGUAGCUCUGGAUCAUGGAAAUACCCUGGGUGAAAACAGGACCAACUCCAAAACCUCAAAGAUUAAUGUGUCCUCGACAUGUAAAAAGAGAUUGUCUUAUUGUGAAAAUAAGAAAAGUAUAUUGAUCGCGUAUCCGAUCAGGCAGUUAUGGACAGAGCAACUUAACACCUAAAGGUGCUAAAAUGAAGAUUUUAAAAAACUCUUAUCUGCUUCAAGGUUAACCAAUGUGAACCCAGUUUUUCUGUGCUUGAAUUGGCACAUUGAAGCCAAACAGCAGGUCAGAGUAUCCUGAAGUAACCUGGACAAACUGCUAGCCGAGACUCGAGAGUUCCGUCUGGGGUCUUACUUGCUCACAUGGGCAGCGUAACAAUGGAGUAACUGGAAUCACGAUAAGUGGCCUCACCUGAAGGGGUGCUUUGUGAGUGGACCGCAAAUCGACUGUAGAUGGGCCUGACCGUGACAAGCACCAUAUGAGAGAGAACAGACCUAAAGGCUGCUUCGGCUGCCUUUGGAAGCGCUUGUUCCCCUGGAGAAAAUAUGUCCCGUCGCUGGGCUUCAUCAAUCAUCAGCACCCACAGAGGAAUUUGGAUCACAUUCAUAAUCACAGCUAGCACGACCUCAGCUGAACUCCCAGUUUGACCUGGGUUUGUACUGCCGACUUCGACUCAGCUGCAUUGGAGGAGGUGGACGCGGAUCACGCGAGGGGAGACCCUCAUCACCGGUGGAUGAGUUAGUAAAUAAGCUCGCAGGCAGGAUCACCAGAAUUCAACCAAAGCUGCAAAAGGCUUUGAACUUCUUUUUCUGGUAAAUGUUGUGUGCCCGAGGUGUGACAGUAUGUGGCACUGAGGCUGGUAUUGCAACCCAUUCCUGUAGUCACAGUGAGUAGUGUGUCUGAAUUCACAGCACAUCAUUAAUCAAAUGCUGUCGUUGGUUGUCUUUUGCAUUUGUAAUAUUCCAAAAACUUGUAAGACUUGAGUACUUAUGAAACCAGUUUCCUGUGCAGGGUGGCAGGACAUAGCCUUAAAGAUGGGGUGAGGAGUUCAAACCCUCAUAAGAUGCUCACAGUCGAGACUCUCCUCUCUCAGUUCGAUAUGACCAAUGUUGCAAUGACUGUGUCAUCUCGUUGUGAUGCUCCCUAAGCACCUCUCAACGGAGGUGUCCCAACAUGCCCGGAUGGUAGAAGACCCCUCAGUACGCUCAGAAUACACUGGAGGGAUUGCAUCCUGUCUUUAAACAAGCAGAACUCAAUCCCCUUGAAAAUAUAGCCAUAGGUGGGAGCUUUAGUAGUUGUUUUUCUAAAUGUGCUCUAUGAUUGGUUUGCAACCAGUCCAGGGUGCAUGCUGGCUCUCGCCCAAAGUCAUCUGAAAUAGGCUCCAGCUAACUUGCGACUAUAAAGGACAAGCGGUAUACGUUUCCCAAGACGUCAAGAACUGCCAUGUUGGAGGUCGACUCAUUGUUUCGUACUGGUGCUUAUUGAGUAUUCGAAUGGAAAAUUCUCCUGUUCUCAGCCACCAACUUGGCAAACAAACGAAUACUAUUCAUUCAUCUUCGAUUUCGCUUAUCCUCCCAAGGGUCGCGGGCGUGCUGGAGCCUAUCCCAGCUAUCUCCGGGCGAGAGGCGGGGUACACCCAGAACUGGUCGCCAGCCAAUUGCAAUUUUUUGAUCCCCCAAAAAAAAAAAAAAAACUAUCGAAAAAUCUAUAGAAAAUUGUUGGAUGAAUUUUAAAUUUAUGCACAAAAUAAUUGGACAUUAACUUCAGACACAAUAUGGCUUGAAACAUUUGUUGUUUACCUAUUGGAACCUGCUUCAACCUGUGUUUAAGUCAAGUUAAUUUUCCCUUCUUUCACUUUCAUUUUGCAUGUAUUUAUCCUGUCAUCAUACUAAUGACACGCAUCAAUCAAAGUUCUGGGAUGACUGAUUUUAGUUAACGAUGUGAAACACAACAGACUUUUGGGAGCGAGCUAAAGACCUGCUGAUCUGAAUGUAUGUGUGUGUUUUUUAUGUUAUUUGUAUUUUUGAUUAUGUAAUUUAUUUCUUCCUGUGUGAAUUUAGACAAAUCUCAGCACUAUUUUAUGACUUAAGCAUCGAAUGUUGCCAUGUGAUUUUCAACUAUGGUAUGUCCUAAAACAAAGUGGUUUUACCAUGAGUAAAAUGGCGAUGGUACAUUUGUCAGCAUUAUGGUGAAUGCAUGCCUUAUACAGUAGUACUGUUCUGGGUGCCGUCAUCCACUGUUGGAACAUUUGAUGGAGUUACUCCCUCUCUGUCGGAGUAGGUCAGGGUGUGCUCCUGUAGCUUCAUGUGGACUAUGCCAAAUGCACUUCAUGCAUACAAAUGUUGCUUCAAAGCAGGGGUGUCCAAACCUCUUCCCUUCAAGGGCCACAUAGAGAAAAAUCGAUGCAAGGGCCACUUAGAAAUUGUUCAAAUUUAAUUUAUUGAACAAACUAAAAUCAAGCAAUUACACUGUACAGGGUUUAUUUAUUAGUUAUUUUGAAAAAAUGCUUCGUCACAGAUUUCCAUUAAAGAUGAUAAGUCUUUAGUUGAGCCAAUAGUUUAGGAUUUUUCAAAAUUUGGGGGCCAGCCCUGGACCCCACAAGAGUAAAUCCUCCCCUGCAUUGAACAGCGGCCCAAAUCCUAUCCCCACAUUCAGAACCAAAACGAUAGGAAUCUGUUUUUAAAGCAGUACUUGUCCUUUCGGAUCGUUUAUGUGAUAUAUUCACAAAUCGGACCUUGACAAGGAGCAGAAAGUGGAGUUUUUUUGCUGUGGAAAAUGAAUUACUAAACCUCUAUUCACCACAAUGUAAUGAAGAGAAAUGUUUUUAGUUGUAAAUAGUUUAUUUGCAUCUUAGCAUAACUAGAAAAGCUGUAUAUAUAACCAAUGUAUUAAUAUUUGUGGUAGUUUCCAUUAACCGCAACCCCCUCCCCACCCAUUGGAUGUCGCAUCAACAACCUCACACCCGUUUUUUGCCACUCACACUAGAUGCCCACUUCCACCCUUUUUUUCAACAAAGUGUAAUUUGCUGUCUGUGCAUAUACUGUGGGCCACUGGAAAAUGGGUGACGGGCCGCAAAUGGGCCCCCGGGCCAUAGUUUGAAUACCCUUGCUUUAAAGCUUCAACACAAAACCGAUAGUCUCUUACACCUGCUGGAAAUGCUGUCGGAAAUGUGUGCAAUUCCCAGCAGAAGUUUGAUCAGCAAAAAAGGAUUUUACAUUGCCUUCCCUGUUUUUUCUUGUAAUCUUCUUGACCAAAGGGUACAAUAGCUUUAUGAUUAAUCACAUUUUUGUGCUGUUUUUAUAAUCAUCCUUCCUCACAUAUUGAGAAGUGGUAUCUGGGUUUUUUGUUGUUGUUGUUUUUUUCUGAUUAUUAUGUUUUACUUGUAACUGGUUUACAGGUGCAGUAUGUAGAUACCAGUAGUUGCACCUUAUGUAAUGUAUCAAAGGUGUACAAUAGAACAAUAAAGUUAUCUGACUUG